AGGAUAAUUCGCGAAGGUUCCUGACGCAAAAGCGGCCGUUUCCGGAAGCAGGCUGCCGCCCAGACUGCAGAACACUGAUCUCGGGGGGAGAACUGUAAACGCACUGCCUAGCGUCCCGGUGUUAGGGCCUGAGUUGUAUCUGUGGGGGAAAAUGGCUCUACUGUGCUACAACCGAGGCUGCGGUCAGCGCUUCGAUCCCGAGACCAAUUCUGAAGAUGCUUGCACCUACCACCCAGGUGUUCCAGUCUUUCAUGAUGCAUUAAAGGGUUGGUCUUGCUGUAAGAGAAGAACAACUGAUUUUUCUGAUUUUUUAAGCAUUGUGGGCUGUACAAAAGGAAAACAUAACAGUGAAAAGCCGCCUGAGCCAGUCAAACCUGAAGUCAAGACUACUGAGAAGAAAGAACUAUCUGAAUUGAAGCCCAAAUUUCAGGAGCACAUCAUUCAAGCCCCUAAACCAGUAGAAGCAAUAAAGAGGCCAAGCCCAGAUGAACCAAUGACAAAUUUGGAAUUAAAAGUAUCUGCUUCCCUUAAACAAGCACUUGAUAAACUUAAACUGUCAUCGGGGAAUGAAAAAAAUAGAGAUGAAGACAGUGAUGAAAUUAAAAUUGGGACUUCAUGUAAAAAUGGAGGGUGUUCAAAGACAUACCAGGGUCUGCAGAGCCUAGAAGAAGUCUGUGUAUACCAUUCUGGAGUACCUAUUUUCCAUGAAGGGAUGAAAUACUGGAGCUGUUGUAGAAGAAAAACUUCUGACUUUAAUACAUUCUUAGCCCAAGAGGGUUGUACAACAGGAAAACACAUGUGGACUGCAAAGGAUGCUGGGAAAAAGGUUGUUCCAUGUAGACAUGACUGGCAUCAAACUGGGGGUGAAGUCACCAUCUCAGUGUAUGCUAAAAAUUCACGUCCAGAACUUAGUCAGGUAGCUGCAAACAGUACGUUGUUAAAUGUGCACAUCGUAUUUGAAGGAGAAAAGGAAUUUCAUCAAAAUGUGAAAUUGUGGGGAGUGAUUGAUGUAAAGCGAAGUUAUGUGACAAUGACUGCAACAAAGAUUGAGAUCACCAUGAGAAAAGCUGAACCUAUGCAAUGGGCAAGCCUUGAACUGCCUGCAACAAAAAAACAGGAAAAACAAAAAGAAGAUAAAACAGAAUGAAUUGAGAGGAAAUAACUAGUUACCGCCUUGUUCAAAAUUCUUAAUAUGUGGUGAAGUGAUGGCUUGCUGCUGUAAUCUUUGGUUUAAUCUUUGGUUUUGCUGUUGUUGAAUCUGGCAUUUCAGGGUCAACAGUGUAGGUUCUUAAAAGCCAAAGUCAGUUUAUCUUGCACUUCCCAUUUUUCUCUUGAGUUACCUAAGAUUGAUUAUUCAUUUCUCCUCACUAUUAGAACUGUAGUUCUGUCCCAUACUUGAAGAAGCUAGAAAAUAGCUCAUAAACAGAGUAGUUCUUAGUAAAUAUUAUGUUAAGCAGCAAAAUGUAAAUUAACAUUUGUUCACAUCUCUUUCUAUUAUUUCAUAAUUAGUAAAACAAGAUGAAAUGUCAAAUUUUUAAUUAAUUUUUUCAUGUGUUUUUGUUCCUAUAAUACUUGAAAAUCUUGAAGGAAAAGAUAAAGCUUUGCAAUGUUUUUUCCACUUGGGACAGUUACUUUCCAUAAGAGGAUUAUUUCUGAGGUAGUGUAAUAAAUACUUAAAUGGGAAUAUAUGCAUCAAUUAACAAAUCAGAAUUUGCAACUAAUUGAAGAAAAUUUUAUCAACACCUGUAUUACUUGCCAAGCAGUACCAUUUAAUAGUAUAGGAAACAUUAUAAAUAAAAGUGUAGAGGUAGCAAUUUGGUUAAAAUUCACCAUUUUGUAAGACUAAGCAAUAAUAAGUAUCUCUUCUUUAAUUAUUUACAAGGUCUUGAUAUGGUGUUAUGGCUAAAUUGUAUCUGAAUUACAGCUUACACCCUCUUAAAAACUUUAAUUAAAUAUAAAGAGAAACUAAAUCGAUAUCUGGUUUCCCUUGGUAAACUGUAUCUGUAAAAUUAUAGAUUAAAAGACUUACGGAAAUACAUUACAUCCAGAAAGCUAAAUAUUUAAGCUUUGCUUUAUGACAACUAUCUAUUACAUGUUAAGUAAAAUAGCUUAAUUGUUUUAUAGGUUUUUUAGGCUUUCAUGAACAAUUUGACAAUUCUAGGUGAUACAAUGUUGAUUAUAUAUUGUACUGUAUUAAACAGGUAUCACAGAAUUAAAUUGUUUAUGCUAAUUGAAACCAUUUAAUGAUAGGUUACUUUUUGAGGUAGUGCAGAGCUCAUGAAAACAAUGAAAAAUGUUAUGAAGGCAAAAACUGGCAGAAUUUAAUAAAUUUGGGCAUGAAUUAUGCUUACAUAGAUUAAAAUGAUUAUUUCCCAAGCCCCUUGAGUGUUUUUAUUUUCCCCUCGGGAUUAAUGGACUUCUUAUAAAGGAAAAUUUGCAAAAGUACAAUUUUAGUUAAAGAAUUAGUAUGUCUUACUAAACUACCCUUAGCAAAUAACUGUUAGGUGUAGUUAUGUAGUUAUUAAAUGGUUUAUUAGCUCUGUUACAAAUAAAGUUGUAAAAAAAUCUGGCAACCAGGCUUUCAUGACACAAAAUACCAUGGCAAGAAAUUUGGGGCAGUAAAAAUUGGAACCAAACAGAGUGUGUAAGUUUAUAGUGAAUUGUAUUUAAAGUGUUUAAAUUUAUCUUUUGUAAUUUAGAAGCCUGGGUUCAUUAGGACACAUGCAGUCUUUAUUGUAUAGGGAGAGGUUGCUACUUGUUUUGAUUUGAGAUAAUGAUUAAUAUACCCUUUUUAAAUGUUUCCUUCUUUGAGGGUAUUUUCCCCCAAACAGUACCUUAAUAUGUUAUGUACGAUUGAACUAUUAUUUAAAGCAAGUAGAUUAUAUAUCUAUGAGUUAGUUACAAAACUCUGACUUUUUUUACUGUGUUUGGAUACAACUUACUGUAUUUAGUUUUGUUAUGUUGGUGAUCCUUCUCUGUUUCUUAUUCCCAUGAAUCUCUGAAUUUGUUGCUCAAAUAAAAAUCUAAAUUAUUCUUUUACCUCAUACAUAAAGAGACACUUUUAUAGUUAGACAAAAUAUAUUUUACUUUUACUUUUAUCAGCCUGUCAAAAAUUUAAAACCAGUUAACCUUACUGUUUCUCUACAAAGAUACUUGUUCUCAGCAUUCAGAGUAAUUACUAUAGCAAAACAGUCAAAGAUAGGUUUAUUAUAGAUACUUAGUAGCUAAUCUAACAGCUAAACUAACCAUGGGAAACAUUAGUUUUCUGGUGUAGCACAUUUGCUAGUAUAAAGUAAGGUCCUAAGAAGUUAAGCUUUUAUUUCUUUUCAACCUCUUUUUUUUUUUUUUUUUAA